AUGUCGGUAUUCCUAUGGCGUUUAUUUCACCGUCGGAUACCCGUCGAUGAGGCCUUAAGGAAGAUGGGUCUUCCUAUUGUUUCUCGCUACCAGUGCUGUCGGGAGUCUAAGACGAUCGAGCACUUAUUCCUCUCGUCAGCGGUUGCCCAGUGCGUGUGGCACCACUUCGCCGAUUUAUUUCGCAUUCAGCUCCCAGGGACACAUGCGCCCCACCUCAUGGUUUCUGCUUGGCGCUUGUCCUCCCCUCAUGUGCGGAGCAUCCAUGCCUAUAUCCCACUUCUGGUUCUUUGGUUUCUUUGGACGGCUCGGAACAACGCCAAACACCGAGGUCCUUUGGCGUGCUGGCCUCCUUCAACGACAGCAUUGGUCAGAGGAUUUUCACCUUGCUUCCUGUCUCGGCCUUCGCCUCCCUCCCCCGGUUCCUCGGCCGCCGGUCUUAGUGCUGCUGGGGCUGCGGGCAUUAUUCGGGACGCCACUAGUGCUCCCCUUGUGGCUUUCCAGGUCCCACUCCCGCACGCGACAAAUACUAUGGCUGAAUUACAGGCGAUUCGAUCUAGCGUGGACUUAGCAGUGGCGCGAGGCCUCCUCCCUCUAUGGAUUGAGACGGACUCCGCCUGCAGUAUCUCUUUACUCUCCUCCUCGACGGGACAUUGGACUCUCCAACCUUGUCUCCACCACCUACGUCUUCAACUACGCACCAUCGAGUGGAGGAUCUCCCAUAUCUACCGCGAGGGCAAUCAAGUGGCGGACAACCUAGCGAACACAUCAGUCCCCCUUCCUCAGAUGCGGAUCUUGGAGCCAGCGGACAUCCCUACGAAGGCUCGUGGCUUCAUCCAUGCUGACGCAGCGGGCCUUCCGUGCUUUCGCUUUCGUUAG